GUUCCUUUGGCCUCACAGUUCCAUGAUUAUAUUAGGCACCCAACGAAGAUAUUCCAACGGCUUCCGACAGGACAUGGUGUGUGUCUUUUCUUGUCCAUUGUGUUUCGUCCUUCUCUUAGAACCUUACUCGGAUCCUAUAUAAACUAUUCGGCUGUUCACCUGACACAUAAUCGUGUUAGUUUCCGACGUGUGUGAUUCUAGUUGGUACCAACAGCACUUCAAAAAAAUAAUCAAAAUGAAAUUCAUCGCACUGUUGCCUGUUGUGUUUUGUUUAGUGAAUGGUGCUCCCAAAUUGAGGAUGACACCGGAAUACGACACACCCCCACAGCUACUGACCCUCCCCAGCAACGCCACCAGCAUUAGAGCUGACAUCAGCGACUCCUUCAGUUGCGACGGCCGCGACUACGGAUACUACGCGGAUGUCGAAAACGACUGCCAACUCUUCCACGUUUGCCUGCCCAUCACUUACUCCGACGGCCGCAACCAAACCUUCCGCUGGAGCUUCAUCUGUCCUGAGGAAACCGUCUUCAACCAGGAAAUGUUCACCUGCACCAGGGCUGAUGAGGCAAUUGACUGCUCCGAAUCCCCAAGAUUUUACGACCUGAACAGGAACUUCGGCAGCGUAGAGGAACACUUGGAUCAAUAUAGCCAAUUUGAGAACACCGACGCUUUGGACGAGGGUACUCCAUUGCCCGACGACGUCGCUCAAGAAGUUGCUUAAGAAACAAAGAAUUAAAUAAUUUUUAUCCAUACGUAAUUCCAAACUAAUAUCUUGUCAGUAAUAGUUGCCAAAGAUAAACACAAUUAUAUGUAAGUUAAAUGGUAGGAUAUUAGGUUUUGGAAAUGCGUAACAUUUAAAACAAUCGAUAACUUGAUCUCUUUCUAUUUAUUAGAGGGAUAUGAUCAAAUCAAAGCAACAAGUUUGUUGAAAAUAUUUCCCAUGUAAUCUUUUAUUUGUGAAAUAUUUUUUGUUCAAUGAUUAAUAAACGUA